AAAAGCAAAACCACUUCCUCCUCCUUCCAUCAUAAAUGCCCCGGGCGUCCUUUCACGCAGUGCUUGGCCUGGAGACUGCCAGUCAGCCAAUCUCCUCCCUUCCUUGCCAUGGCCAAACCACCAUCCUUUGCCAGAAGGAAGAGGGUGUGAUGUUUCUCCUCCAUGCCUCCAUCUCUCUUGGCUUUUUACUAUUCCUUAUCCACCUCUCUUGCUUCCUCCUCACCAAGCUCUUCAUCUUUCUCCAUUCUAGAGCCAUCUCCAAAGACCAACGGGAAGUUCAGCUCAAAGCUCUUCAACUUGAGAACGAGCCCGUGUCAACCUCCGAGGAGCUCUCCGAGAAGGAUGGCUUGAUCACCGAUGUGGUUUGUGGAGAAGACCUACUUUUCUUCUACAGGGGAAGCGGUGUCAAGGAUUCCCUACUUACCGAGCAAGGGAAAGAUUCCGACGAGCAGCAUUGCUUGGAACUAGAGGAUACCUCUGUCUCGGAAUCGCUGUACGGUUCUCCUCCAGAGAAUCUUGGCCAUGACAAGCUUGGAAUCGAGCAUGGUGGUGAUCUGAUCACGGAUGUCCUAACACCUUCAGAUUGCGCAAGCCCAAUCAUAUUGGCGUCUCAAUAUGUUACUUGUGAAGAAACUAAUCAGACUCAUGAAGAGAACUUUUGGGAGGAUGAGACAUUCUCCGGGGUCAACAACACUCACUCAGACAGAAAAAAAAUUAAGGAAAAUUUUGGCGGGUCUCUCACUGGGGAGUCCACGUCCAAAAGCUCUAUUGAAUGGAGAAGCUCUACAAUCCUCAGAGAUUCGGAGACAGAGUAUCCCUUCUCCUCUUCAUCCCGGAGGAGCUCUGCCAACUGGGAAUCAUAUGCACUUUUCCACCAGUACGACGAGGAGAUGAUGUUCUUCGACCGAAUCAGUGGACAAAAACUCAGAGAAACAGAAUCAUUGAGGUCCAUAAAGUACCAACCAAGAUCAAUUUCCCAAAGGAUAGUUCGCAAAAUAUUCAUGACAAGUAAAAACUCAUCAAGGCGAGUUAUGGAUCCAUAUUUGGAAUUGGAGAGUGCUUAUGUGUUUCAGAUCUGUCUGACAUGGGAAGCUCUUAAUUGGAAUUACACUAACUUCCAUCCAGCAAAUUCCUACCGAGACAUGGAAGGUUACUGCUUUCCCGCACGAAUUGCUCAGCAGUUUCAGCAGUUUGAGAUCUUGCUGCAACGAUUCAUAGAAAAUGAGCCUUAUGAGCAUGGUAGAAGGCCUGAGGUCUAUGCCCGAGUGAGGAGUUACUCUCCAAAGUUGCUCCAAGUUCCAGAAUUCAAAGAUUCGGAGACUGAUCAAGGCAAAGAAGAAAUGAUUUCACCUACUGAAUUUUUCAUGAUAUUGCAAAAUGCGAUCCGGACCUUCAUGAAUUUUCUCAAGGCCGAUAAGGAGAGCUGCUGCCAAAUGUUGAAAUCACUCAUAAAGAUGAAAUCAAGCUCGGUUGAUCCAAUUCUUCUUCAUUUGCUCAAGAAAGCUAAUAAAAAGAAAAAGAUGAGGCUCAAAGACCUUGGGAGGCCGCGGAGAUGUCCGAAGAAGAGGAAGAUAGAGGAGGAAGAGGGGAUGGAGAUUCUGAUGGGCCUAAUAGACAUGAAGGUUGUGUCAAGGGUUUUAAGGAUGUCUGACAUCAGUGAGGAGCAGCUGCAUUGGUGCGAUGAGAAGAUGAGCAAAGUGAGAGUUUGGAAUGGGAAAAUAAAACGAGAUUCCUCCCCACUUUUUUUCCCCGUUCAGUGACCCUACCAUUGUAUAAUCUACUUUACUUUUGUAGGUUGCUUGAUGACUGGAUAAAGUACUUCGAUAUGAUAUGUACCCAAAAAAGUACUUGGAUUUGAGAAUAUGCAUUCCAAGCUUCUCUCUACU